AUGGCCCCCGUCAACCUUUCGCAUAGACGAACGCAUAAUUUGCUGUUGAUCUCGAAGCUGUUGAGUCUGCGAGACACUGCAUCGCCGCUCACACUUGUCUUGGACUCGCUGGAGCAACCGGCCACCCCACUUCUGAAAGAAUACAUAAGACGCGCAAAGCUGUCCAAAGUCCACGUCACGCUCAUUGCUUUUGAAACCUUGAAACAGCCAGAGGGAGUAGAUGCCUUUGUAACAACUCGGCGGAAGAGCUCCGCAGAAAUCGCAAAGGAAGUGAGCGCAGUCUAUCAGGCUGUUGCAUCCUCUAACCCUUCCCGCAGGCGUUUGAUUCUCAUUGAUUCAAUUAAUCCUUUACUCCACUCUAGACGAGCGGAUCCGGGUUUCCACUUGCCAUCCUUCCUCGGCUCAUUUCUUGCUCCGACAUCGCCAUCAGCAAAGGUUGACACGUCCCUCGUGGUGACGUACCACCAAGAUGUUCCCGAGCCACCCCAGAAGAGCCCCUAUGCAUCAUCACCUCUGUCACUGUUGACAUAUCUUGCAACGAGUAUCAUCACACUGCACUCUUUCUCGCACAUUCUAGCGCAGAAAGCUGCUCGCGACCGCAGUCUGGCCCCUCCUGUGUUCGGACUCGAAGAAGAACAGGAAGGUGUUCUGCUUGGUCGACUGGACAAAUUGACCGGCACUGGAGCAGCCGAGGGAAUCGUUAUUGAAUUGGAACACAGGCGUAAGAGUGGUCGUGGUGUUUUGGAGUGGUACCUUCUCCCACCCGCCUCACGUUAUUCGCCACAGCAUCUCAAGGAAAUCGUGACCCUACUGGAUGAUAGUAUUCUCUACAAUCCCCCCAUGGAAAGAGACCCAGGGGCCGAAAACGAAGAGCCGACUUCGACGUUCGAGCUCGGUCUUACCGACAAGCAAAGGCGUGACAGAGAAGGGGUGGUUCUGCCGUACUUUGAUGCCCAGAGUGGCAAUGGCCCUGGCGAGGGUGGAAGGAUUCUUUACGAUAUGGGCGAGGAAGAUGAUUUCGAUGAAGAAGAGGAUGAAAUCUAG